AUGAAACCCGUAGGGAAAAGCUCAACUCCGACCGGCACCACCGUAGCCAUCGGAAUCUUAACCUGGACCCUAAUCUUCUCUUCCAGCUUAGCUCUCCUCGAAACCCCACAAGAACCAACCAUACUCCAAGUCACAGACGAUCCAAAUAUCCCGAUUCUCGACACCAAAUUCUCGAGAAAUCAUGUCCACAAUCAGUUCAGAGUGUUCAUCGAAACGUACGGGAAGAACUACUCGACCAGGAAGGAGUACAUGCACCGCCUCGGGAUCUUUGCCAAGAACUUGGUGAGGGCUGCUGAGCAUCAGAUGCUCGAUCCUACGGCCGUGCAUGGGGUCACUCGGUUUUCCGAUCUAUCCGAGGAGGAAUUCGAGAGUCUUUACACCGGGUUCAAGGGGCCGGUGAUGGCGUCACCGUUGAUGGAUGGCAACGGUGUUGUAGCGGAGAAGUUGGAGGUUGAUGGGUUGCCUGAGAGCUUUGAUUGGAGAGAAAAAGGAGCUGUAACUGAGGUCAAGACGCAGGGUGCAUGUGGAUCAUGUUGGGCAUUUAGCACAACGGGGGCCAUGGAAGGAGCCAAUUUCAUAGCAACCGGGAAACUUCUAAACCUAAGUGAACAACAGCUUGUUGAUUGUGAUCACGUGUGCGAUAUAAAGCGAAAGGACACAUGCGACAACGGUUGCGGCGGAGGCCUAAUGACGAAUGCCUAUAAGUAUUUGAUCGAGGCAGGAGGCUUAAUGGAGGAGAGUGCAUACCCAUAUACGGGGAGACAAGAUGAAUGCAGGUUCAAACCCGACAAAAUAGCCGUUAAAGUUGCGAAUUUCACUAACAUCCCCAUUGAUGAAAACCAAAUCGCAGCAAAUUUAGUCCAUCGCGGCCCUUUAGCCGUGGGGUUGAAUGCUGUCUUCAUGCAAACCUACAUAGGUGGGGUAUCGUGCCCAAUAAUAUGUGGGAAGAGAUGGCUGAACCAUGGAGUACUACUGGUGGGCUAUGGUGCAAAAGGGUUCUCCAUCUUGAGACUUGGAAAUCAGCCAUAUUGGAUCAUCAAGAACUCAUGGGGCAAAACAUGGGGAGAACAUGGCUAUUAUCGCCUUUGUCGAGGCCACGCCAUGUGCGGCAUCAACACGAUGGUCUCAGCAGUGGCAACCCAAAUCUAUUGA